GUUGUCGCAGCAAUAUUCGCACACACGAACCGACAACAGACCCCCAAGAACAUGGCCAACAAAAAAAUUUAUAAAACCGUCUACACUUCAAAGCAGACAAAAUAUUCUUACAGCGCCCACGCUGUAGACAACGUGCGGACAAAACAAAAAAAACCAACCAAAUCAAACGGAAUUAACAAGAAAAUUUAAAAAAUUAUUAAAAUCAUAAUUUAUAAAAAAAUAAGAAAAAACUGAAUUUAAUUCUAAUCCAAAAUGUCAAUAUAUCAUUUGGCCAUACUAAGCCUUGCGUUUUUUGGCUCUGUGGUUAGUGGUCAGGAUAAAUGGUCGUGGACGAAAACAAAAAAUCAAAAAAUUCUCGGUUAUUAUCCUACGGCAAAUAAAAAAGUCUAUUAUGCCGAAGCGCCAUAUGCUCGUGCGGAUCGGGAUCGUGAUCGUGAGCCCACCACAAAACGCCCUUUGCCCGGUGAAGUGGCCAAUGAUGAAAUUGAAGAUUACAAUGAUGACAAUGAGCAACCACCUACAAGGCAGAAUAGUCCCUACUUGCCGGGAGAUACAAAUUACCCCGGGGCAACUCAGCCAGGAUUUGCGGCGCAAGAUGGUUAUGGUGGAGGCUUCAACCAACAAUAUCCACAAUUUGCGGGAGCAGGUGGCGGCGUUGGUGGUGGUGGUGGUGGUGGCGCAGCUCCCGGCUACCCCAGCCCUGGUAUACUAGUGGGUCCUGGAGGCCCCACAGGCAUAAUAGGUCGUCCCCAAGUUCCCCACAUACCCCAAUAUCCCUCGCCAUAUCCCGGUCAAGUGGGUUAUCCCGGCUAUCCUGCCUAUAAUACCCAAAACUUUUUGGGUCCUGCAAAUCCUAUUUACGGUGGGGCAGCUCAAUAUCCUGCAGCACCGCAAUAUCCCAAUACCCAACAACAGUUUGCGGCCGGCUCUCAAUAUCCCAUAGGACCCAGUUCUCAAUAUCCUGCUGCUUCCCCAGCUCUGCCACCGCAUCAAUUCACCGAGGGCUAUGGUUUAUCCACAUAUCCCCAAUCCGGAGUGUAUCAACCAUCACCUCAGCAAAAUUUUCAUGGCUAUGCUGGUUAUGGAUUCGAGGAAUAUACACCUCAGCUAAGAGUGAAAAGUGCCAAUGUGAAAAAUAAAUAUGAAAAGAAAAUCGACGAUAAACUGGAGAAGAAGCUUAAAAACACAUAGAAAAUAGGCAAAGAGAGCAAAAGCAAAGACAUUCCUUUUGGACCAGCAUUUUCCAUUUCCAUUUUCAGUUCUCAUCCUCAUUUUAGGCCAGUAUUAAGUUUAGCUUUGUAAUACUAUUUAAAAAUUAAUUCAAUUUAAGUUUUGUUAUUUCUUACCUAUUGUUGUGAUAACGAUGAUCGAAUAAAACAAAGAUCCUGCAAAUGUC